GGCGCCCGGACACCGGCGCCGGAAGAGGGGAAGGCGGGUUCCGCGCUGCGGGGUGAAAUCGUAGGACAGUGAAGAUGCUGCUGGAGUUGUCCGAGGAGCAUAAGGAGCACCUGGCCUUCCUGCCUCAAGUGGACAGCGCGGUGGUCGCGGAGUUUGGGCGGAUUGCUGUGGAAUUCCUGAGGCGCGGCACAAACCCAAAAAUCUACGAAGGCGCUGCCAGAAAACUGAAUGUGAGUAGUGACACUGUCCAGCAUGGUGUGGAAGGAUUAACGUAUCUCCUCACUGAGAGCUCAAAGCUCAUGAUUUCUGAACUGGAUUUCCAAGACUCUGUUUUUGUUCUGGGAUUCUCUGAAGAAUUAAACAAAUUGUUGCUUCAGCUUUAUCUGGACAACAGAAAAGAGAUCAGAACUAUUCUAAGUGAAUUGGCACCAAGUCUUCCCAGUUAUCAUAACCUUGAAUGGCGACUAGAUGUACAGCUUGCAAGUAGAAGUCUCAGGCAACAGAUUAAACCAGCAGUGACUAUAAAGCUACACCUUAAUCAAAAUGGAGAUCACAACACCAGAGUUCUACAGACAGACCCAGCCACCCUGCUCCAUUUGGUUCAACAACUAGAACAAGCACUGGAAGAGAUGAAGACAAACCACUGUAGGAGAGUUGUUCGCAACAUCAAGUAGUUACCAGUUUUAAGGUUUUAAUUCAUUUGAAUCACUUUUGAAUUGAUGAUAUACAGCAAUUACUUUUCAAAAUUAAUUUUUUAUUAAUUCAUGAUGAUAAAUACAUAGUAUUCCUCAGUAUCUAUUCCAAGAUACUGAGGUCAUAAUUAGAAGCUAAGCUGGGUGCAGUGGCUCAUGCCAUUAAUCCCAGCACUUUGGGAGGCUGAGGUGGGCGAAUCAUGAGGUCAGGAGAUAGAGACCUUCCUGGCUAACAUGGUGAAACCCUGUCUCUACUAAAAAUACAAAAAAUUAGCCAGGUGUGGUGGCACGCGCCUGUCAGAGUCCCAGCUACUCGGAAGGCUGAGGCAGGAGAAUCGCUUGAACCUGGGAGGUGGAGGUUGCAGUAAGCCAAGAUUGUGCCACUGCACUCCAACCUGGGUGACAGAGCGAGACUCCAUCUCAAAAAUAAUAAUAAUAAAGUAAAAAUAAA